AUGAUGGUUAAUGGCGAUCAUCGUAUUGGAAUUUUUGCGAAACGUGCCAUCCAGCCAGGUGAGGAGCUCUUCUUCGACUACCGUUAUGGGCCAACAGAACAGCUCAAGUAUGUUGGCAUCGAGCGCGACACAGAUGUUGUAUCAAUGGCUUUGUCCACUGCAGCCACAACGCACCGUAAUUUAGCCACUGAUGCUCUUCUGCCGCCAGGGCUGGCGGCAUCCCUUCGUGAAGCUGCCACUGCGGUGACAUCCGAUGGAACUGGUGCAUACUUGGAAUCUAAAACCGGUGCUCCGGAGACUAUGGCUACAGGGCAGGCCGCUUUCUUGGUUAAUGGAAUCACAGAUAGUUGGUAA